AUGACAAAAAUCUUAUGGCCACAAUGUUCUAUCCCGUUUCUUACUUUUCAUCGUUCCUUUGCCAGUGUCAAGAACUACACACAAGGGCAAAAUGAUCCGAACAAGCCAAAGAUUCGGGAAUAUUUUUAUUUCAUAGACCACAAUGGCAUGCUAUUUUUAGAUGAUUCUCGAAUGAAGAACUUUACCUCGUGCUUCAAGGAGAAGGUAUUUCUAAACUUUUUCUUCAAGAACAUCAAGAACAACAGUACCGGCAGAUAUCAAGAUGAGUUUCCCUACGUCUCACUGUGCGGCAUUGAGCGGAACUUCAUUCGCUGUGACGAUGUACCCAUUGUCUUUACGCACAUUGUACCUAACACCCCGGACAGUUCGUCUGCCAGCAAUCAACAGCCAUUCAAUCUGGUGAUAGCCUUCUCCGACCUUCUCUACCCUUUCAUUCCUGAGGCACUGUACAUGCGGCCUGAAUCAAUCAGCGAGGCCGAGGAUGAAGAGGAUGAGGAGGGUGGCAUCCUCAAACACGGCGGUCGAAUUUACCACCCUGCAGACGAACGAUUCGGCGGCUAUGGACUCAUUCGCUCGACGCUAGCUCAGGAGAUUGGCAACUUCUUUGUCCUCGACGAAAAGCGCCUUCCAGUGGCAUUCAAGUGGAAAGGGGAAGCCUACAAACUGAACAACCAGCUAGCAAAGAAGUUGUGCAAGUAG